UUUUGCUUUUUUAUCCUUUUCACAGCGGGACGUGCUUCUCUCCCGUUUGUUAUCAUCCAGUUCUCUCUCGUCUUUUCCAUCUCUUCCCAAAGCUUGGAGUGGACUGCAAAAUCGAAACUUUCUUCAUAAAUUUCCCUGCUUGCCAAAGCUUCUCGAGUGACUGUGUCCUCAAAUCGGAGCAAGACUCGUUCCUAAUAAGUUAGGCAAAGAACUGAAGUACUUUCGAAAAGAUGCAUGCCAGUAACUUGUCUAGUGAAGAAGAGAAGUUUCAGGUCCGAAAAUUACAGAUCUCAGACAAAAACAAGGGUUUCAUAGAGCUACUGAGGCAACUAACUGUUUGUGACUCUGUAUCUGACAAAGACUUUGAAGAUCGAUUUCGGGAGCUCAGCGCCCUUGGAGAUGACCACAUUAUUUCUGUGAUAGAAGAUGAAUCUUCUGGGAAAAUUAUUGCAACUGGGAGCAUUUUCAUUGAGAAAAAGUUUUUGAGGAAUUGUGGCAAAGUUGGGCACAUUGAAGAUGUUGUAGUUGACUCCAAUGCUCGAGGGUUGAAAUUAGGCAAGAAAAUUAUUGCGUUCCUCACAGAGCAUGCUCAUUUGAUGGGAUGUUAUAAGGUGAUUCUUGACUGCAGUUUGGAGAAUAAAGCGUUCUAUGAGAAAUGUGGCUUUAAACAGAAAGAAAUUCAGAUGGUUAAGUACUUUAUUUGAUUUAUUUUUGUAUCACUUACAAACCAUUUUUGGCAGCGGUUGUUGUCUAAUUGUAUUUCGAGAAAUUUUUUUUUUCAAUUGGAAUGAGGCUAACUCUCUCUGUGCAUGGUGACUAAUUCAGAUUACUUAUUUUAUUGCA